GGGGGAAGGAGUUUCCGGCGGACCCGCCUCCCAGUCGCUUCCUGUCCCGCUCGCAGACCGCCUCCUUCCCGGUCCCGGGACGGUGCUUGGCCCAGCAGCCCCUGGAGGUCCCACGCCGUGUCUCCUACACCAUGCAGUCACGCCUCCUCCUCCUUGGAGCCCCGGGCAGCCUCGGCGACGUGGCCUCGCGGCGCAUGCGGCUGCUCCUGCGGCAGGUGCUGCGGGGCAGGCCGGGCGGGGACCAGCAGCGGCUGGAGGUCAGAUUGAUGCACACUGGGGUGACCGACUCAGGUGAAACAGUUAAUAUUGGAGAUGUGUCCUACAAGCUGAAAACUCCCAAGAAUCCAGAACUUGUCCCACAGAACUACAUUUCAGAAUCUCCAGCUCAGUCCGUAGUCCAGCAUCUGAGAUGGAUAAUGCAGAAGGAUCUGCUGGGGCAAGAUGUCUUUCUCAUAGGACCUCCUGGGCCUCUUCGCCGCUCUGUUGCUAUGCAGUACUUGGAGCUGACCAAACGAGAGGUGGAAUACAUCGCUCUGUCAAGGGACACCACCGAAACUGACCUCAAACAGCGCCGGGAGAUCCGAGCUGGCACAGCAUUUUACAUUGACCAGUGUGCUGUUCGAGCUGCCACAGAAGGCAGGACGCUGGUUUUAGAAGGCUUGGAAAAGGCAGAGAGGAACGUGCUUCCAGUAUUGAACAACUUGCUGGAGAACCGGGAGAUGCAGCUAGAAGAUGGGCGCUUCCUGAUGUCUGCCGAGCGCUAUGACAAGCUUCUCCAAGACCACACUAAAGAGGAGCUGGACGCGUGGAAGAUUGUCCGAGUCAGCGAAAAUUUCCGAGUGAUUGCCUUGGGCUUGCCAGUGCCCAGGUACUCUGGGAACCCACUAGAUCCCCCUCUCCGUUCUCGAUUUCAAGCCAGAGAUAUUUACUUUCUACCCUUUCAGGACCAACUAAAACUAUUAUAUUCAGUUGGAGCCAAUGUUCCUGCUGAGAAGAUUUCUCAGCUCUUGUCCUUUGCAACAACCCUUUGCUCCCAAGAAUCUUCUACACUUGGGCUUCCAGACUUUCCCUUAGAUAGUCUGCCAGAGGCAGUUCAAAUCCUGGACUCCUUUCCCAUGAUGUCCAUUGAGCAUGCAAUCCAGUGGAUGUAUCCGUACACCAUUUUACUAGGACAUGAAGGGAAGAUGGCUGUGGAGGGUGUUUUAAAACGCUUUGAGCUCCAAGGUUCAGGACACUCCCUGCUUCCUAAAGAGAUUAUAAGAGUGGAGAGGAUGACUGACAACCACGUCUCCCACGCCCACGUGACAAUUCAGGUUGCAGGAAAAGAGGUGACCAUUAAGGUGCCAGCUGGGACUAGAGCAGUUAACCAGCCUUGUGCUCCUGACCGGUUCAUUCAGACUGUAAGUCACAAGCAGUUACUGGCUGAGAUGAUGCAGUCUCAUAUGGUGAAGGACAUAUGUUUAAUUGGAGGGAAGGGCUGUGGGAAAACCGUCAUCGCUAAGAACUUUGCUGCUCUCCUGGGAUACAGCAUAGAGCCCAUCAUGCUCUACCAGGAUAUGACAGCGCGGGACCUGCUACAGCAGCGGUACACGCUCCCCAACGGUGACACUGCCUGGCGUUCCUCACCCCUUGUGAGUGCUGCUCGGGAAGGCAAGCUGGUCCUGUUGGAUGGCAUCCACCGCGUCAACGCUGGCACACUGGCUGUAUUGCAAAGACUAAUCCAUGACCGGGAGCUCAGCCUGUAUGAUGGAUCUCGGCUACUGAGGGAAGACAGGUACCUGUGCUUGAAGGAGAGGCUACAACUGACGGAUGAGGAGCUACAGAACAGGUCCAUUUUUCCUAUCCACCCCUCCUUUAGAAUCAUUGCAUUGGCAGAGCCCCCAGUUGUUGGAAGCACAACACAGCAGUGGCUGGGACCAGAAUUCUUAACCAUGUUCUUUUUCCAUCACAUGAAGCCACUUGUGAAAAGUGAAGAACUGCAAGUGAUAAAGGAGAUGGUUCCGAAUGUACCUCAGGAAGCGCUGGAGAAAUUGCUGUCAGUCACUCACAAACUCAGGGAGACCCAGGAUCCCACAGCACAGUCCUUGGCAGCCUCACUUUCCACCCGUCAGCUGUUACGGAUCUCUCGCCGGCUCUCGCAGUAUCCCAGCGAAAAUCUUCAUGAUGCCAUUACAAAAGCCUGUCUUUCCAGGUUCUUACCAAGCCUUGCUCGUUCAGCACUGGAGAAGAAUCUGGCAGAUGCUGCAAUAGAAAUAAACACUGACGAUAGCUUGGAACCAGAGCUGGAGAAUUACAAAUGUGAAGUCGUGGCCGGGUCUCUGAAGAUAGGCGCCGUCAGUGUGCCCGUGCAUGGUGCCCGCGAGAAGAUGAAAGUGCCUGAUGUCCUCUUCUACGACAAUGUUCAGCACAUGAUAGUGAUGGAAGACAUGCUUAAAGACUUUGUCCUUGGAGAACACUUACUAUUGGUUGGGAACCAGGGUGUAGGUAAGAACAAGAUCGUGGACCGGUUCCUUCACCUGCUCAACAGACCCCGAGAAUACAUCCAGCUGCACAGGGACACCACAGUGCAGUCUCUGACUCUUCAGCCCUCAGUUAAAGAUGGACUGAUUGUGUAUGAAGACUCACCUCUGGUUAAAGCAGUAAAGUUGGGUCAUAUUCUAGUAGUAGAUGAGGCAGACAAGGCCCCAACAAAUGUCACCUGUAUUUUGAAAACUCUGGUAGAAAACGGAGAAAUGAUUCUCGCGGACGGAAGACGCAUUGUUGCAGAUGCAGCUAAUGUGGAUGGAAGAGAGAACGUGAUCGUGAUUCAUCCUGACUUUAGGAUGAUGGUUCUGGCCAACAGGCCUGGCUUCCCGUUCUUGGGCAAUGAUUUCUUUGGAACUUUAGGUGACAUUUUUAGCUGCCAUGCCAUUGACAACCCCAAGCCCCAUUCAGAGCUUGAGAUGCUCAAACAGUAUGGCCCCAAUGUGCCUGAACCCAUCCUUCAGAAGCUUGUGGCAGCCUUCGGAGAGCUGAGGAACUUGGCUGACCAAGGGAUUAUCAACUAUCCAUAUUCCACCAGAGAAGUUGUCAAUAUUGUCAAACACUUACAGAAAUUUCCCGCUGAAGGCCUCUCCAGUGUGGUUCGGAAUGUAUUUGACUUUGAUUCUUACAACAGUGACAUGAGGGAGAUUUUGAUGAACACUUUGCACAAAUAUGGGAUCCCCAUUGGAGCAAAGCCUACCAAUGUGCAGCUGGCAAAGGAGUUUCCUCUCCCAGAAAAGACAUUCAUGGGCUACUGGACCGUCGGUCAGGCGGGAAGUGGGAUGCAGAAGGUCUUGUGUCCAGUCGAAACGCAUCACGUUGACGUAAAGGGUCCAGUUCUUGUGAACAUAGAAAAGUACCCAAUAGAAAAACAUGAAGCGAGAUUCCUAAACUUUACUGAAGAAUGUACCUCUUGGAAGUUUCCAAUGGAUGAAGUUAAUUUAAUCUGUGACAUCGCUGUAUCACAUGAAGAUGGAGAACACACUCUGUACGUGGCUGCAUGCAAUCCUGUUUCCUUGUACUUCAUGAAUAUGACUGGGAAAAAUGGCUUCUUUGUGGACUUCUUUGACAUUUUCCCAAGGAUGGCCAGUGGAUCCUGGCGACCAUUUGUGUCAGUAGCACCGCUGGGGAGUCCACUCAAGGGUCAAGUUGUUGUGCAUGAGGAGCAGAGUAAUGCCGUCCUCUUGCUCGACACCAAUGGCCGUGCCAUCCGACGUCUCAUCCUUCCCACAGAAGAGUUUACAUCUAAGAAGUCUUCCUGGUGGAUCAAGGAAGAAGGUGAAACUUAUAGAAUGUGUAAAGAAUUUUCACACAAAAACUGGGUAGUAUUCUACAAAGAAACAGGGAAUAGCUUGACUGUCCUGGAUGUCUUAGAAGGACUAGCGCACACCAUCUCACUCCCCAUCAACCUCAGGGCAGUUUUCCUUGUCGCGGAGGACAAAUGGCUUCUUGUGGAAAACGGAACAAAUCAGAAGUUUCUUUUGACUAAGCCUGCACACAUUGGUUCUGAGGACACUGGGGCCUGUCAGCUGUAUAUGUUGAAAGAAGAGCUGCCUAGCACAGGAUUUGGGCUCACACAAGAAACAGAGUUCUGCAUACCUCAUAAAGUUUCAAGUGAUCAGCUGACAUCUGAAAACCUAACCUCCGCUGUGGGCCAGAAGAUUGCCUCUCCUAACCGUGUUCUCUCGGAUGAAAAGAGCCAUGCUACCAUAGUUGUUGGCUUCCCGGACCUCAUGUCACCCAGUGAAGUUUAUUCAUGGAAGAGGUCUUCAUCUUUGGGAAAACCAAGUGUCACCAACAUGACAAUCUAUACAGGGAAGCGGACAAGUGUUACCCCAAGGCACAGCAACUGUGUGACUCUCACACACACCAAUCAGGUGGUGAGGAUUCUGCCUGCAGGGGAAGUCCCUCUGAAAGACAUCUACCCGAAAGAUGUUACUCCCCCACAGACGGCUGGCUACAUAGAGGUUACUGAUCUUCAAGCCAAGAAACUCAGAUACAUCCCUGUCCCCAGUGCAGAGUCUCUCUCGCCAUAUACCGCAUGGAUAUCUGCCAUUUCGGACACAGAUGCUCUGCUAGCUGAGUGGGAUAAUAGCAGUGUCGUGACCGUUGAUAUGGGAGGGCGUGUCAGGCUCUGGGAAACUGGACUCGAACGUCUGCAGCAGUCGCUCAUGGAAUGGAGAAACAUGAUUGGACAAGACAGUGACAGACAUAUGCAGAUAACAAUUGAAAGAGACAGUAAUGAAGACUUGAGUGACCCUAAACAUGGCAAGGAGGACCCAGACAACAUGCCCCAUGUGGGCGGCAGUACCUGGGCUGGUGGAACAGGGGGAAGAGGCACUGCAGGUCUUGGUGGCAUAGGAGGUCCUUAUCGCUUGGAUGCAGGCCACCCAGUGUAUCAAGUCUCUGAGGUCGAGAAAGAUGCAGUUCCUGAGGAUAUCAAGAGAGCUGCAAGAGAGAUGGCCCAGAGAGCGUUUCAGCAGAGACUAAAGGAGAUCCAGAUGAGCGAGUAUGAUGCUGCAACCUAUGAGCGGUUUUCAAGUGCUGUCCAGCGGCAGGUGCAUGCCCUCCGAGUCAUCCUGGAUAAUCUGCAGGCUAAAGGCAAAGAAAGACAGUGGCUAAGACACCAAGCUACUGGAGAACUUGACGAUGCCAAGAUCAUUGAUGGGCUGGCUGGAGAAAAGGCCAUCUACAAACGUCGGGGUGAUCUGGAACCCCAGCCGGGCAGCCCACAGCAGAAGCCCAAGCGCCUGCGCCUUGUGGUGGAUGUCUCGGGAAGUAUGUACCGCUUCAACGGGGUGGAUCACCGACUAGAGCGCUCAAUGGAGGCAGUGUGCAUGGUCAUGGAAGCCUUCGAGAACUACGAGGAGAAAUUCAAGUACGACAUCGCUGGACACUCGGGAGAUGGCUACAACAUUAAGCUCGUUCCAGUUAACAAAAUCCCCAAGAACAAUAAGCAGAGACUAGAAAUUCUGAAGACAAUGCAUGCCCACUCUCAGUUCUGCAUGAGUGGGGACCACACACUCGAGGGGACGGAACACGCCAUCAAGGACAUUACCACAGAAGAAGCCGAUGAGUACUUUGUCAUCAUCUUAAGUGAUGCAAAUCUGUCCCGAUAUGGAAUAAACCCAGCCCGCUUUGCCCAGAUCCUGACGAUCGAUCCUCAAGUAAAUGCCUUUGCCAUUUUUAUCGGCUCUUUGGGGGAUCAGGCAGCCAGGCUUCAGAGAACUCUGCCAGCUGGCCGGUCCUUCAUCGCUAUGGACACCAAGAAGAUCCCUCAGAUUUUACAACAGAUCUUUACCUCCACCAUGUUGUCCAGUAUCUAGGAAGCACCCUUCCCCAUCCAAGGCUUGGAUGCAAAUAGAAGCAGAGAGAAUUCUGAAAAGACAGCAACCACGCCAACCGUGGCGUGGCGGGACGCUUCUUUCCAGCAGCAAGGGGACUUGUGGAUGGAAAUGUACUCUGGAUGGGUUGGAGGUCUGCAAAGGAAACAGGUUGACCUGCAUUUCCUAAAAGGUCAGGGUUGAAGGAUGCAAGCACAGGAACUGUAAGGCUUGGCAGAGUUCUAAACCCAAAGGAUAAAAAUCACCCACUGUUGCCUUAAUAUGUCAUCUGCUGCCAGAUGCCAUACAGAGCCUUUGUUUGACACUGAGAGACAAGUCUACAAACCCACCCAACACGUUCCUGUCUACAGUUAUUUCUACUUUCUCCCCAGUGUGUACUGCCCAGCAGAUAACAAUUUUACAGCAUUCAACCUUACCUGGAAAGUAUUUGGACAGCAGUACUUUAUAAGGCAUUGGAUUCUCUCAAUAGUUCCGAUCACUUGACAGAAAGGAACCCAACAAUUCUUAAGGUGCUUGCUGUCCCAUGUGACUUUUAUUUGCCCUGCUACCUGAGAUGAAGGAUAAAGAUGUCCUUCCUCAGGUCCCCUGUGUUGAGCCAUUUUUGAUUCUCCAAAGCUCCACAGUGGAUAGAGUAUACUUCACCAUCCAAAUUACAGCGCCAAAAGUAGCAAAUACUUAUGUCUGACAAAUUACCCAAAGUUCAAAGCACCAUGUUUGACUGGGCAUUAACUGGAGAUUUGUUUCGAUUUAACUAAAGCAAAGAAUACUUUUCAGCCAAAUUCUCUUGUCUUUCAAAGUAUUUAAAAUCUCACAACCCAACAGAACUGUCUCUCGAACCAUCUAAUGAAACGCUGCUCUUCACAGCUGACAGUGAAGUCAGUGCUGGGGCACCGUGUGUGCUUACUUAGCGUAAGCUAGAAAACUAACCCUGUGGUGAUGUUACCCUAGCCAUGCACACUGUCAUCAUACAUUUCAUUUGAAUGAAAACUCAUUUCAUUUAGUUAUAGGACAGAGAAAAUGUUCCCCAGCUCUUCCAGUCCCCCAUCUCCUGUCACCCCAUCACUGUCAAAUAAAAGCAGUCGCUUCCCAACAUGGUGUCGCCA